GCCCGGAGCCGGCCGUCCUGGCAGAGCGCGGGGCAGGAGGUGACGGAGACGCAGGGGCCGGAGGGCCGCCAGGGGCCGAGGACCGGGGCAGAGCGGAGGACCGCGGAGAGCACCGUGCGCCCGCCGGGCCGCCGCCAGCAUGCGCCCCGCACCCCCACCUGUGGAGCGCGCGCGGCCCGGGCCCGGGACCCCCCUCGCCGGGCCCUGCCCGCAUGGAGCGCGCUGAGCCCGGCCCCCGCCCACAGCGCCCCGCCAGCCCGCGCCCCGCGUGCUCUGCGGCCCGCGCGUCCCCCGUGACCCCGCCGGCCCCGGCCCCGGCCCACGAGCGCUGCGCCCGGGGCGCCCGGAGGCCCCUGCGGGCCGAGGCCAUGCGGCUGCGGGAGCGCUCCUCGCUGCGCCAGGACCCCGACCUGCGGCAGGAGCUGGCCGCGCUGGCCCGCGGCUGCGACUUCGUGCUGCCCUCGCGCUUCAAGAAGCGGCUCAAGGCCUUCCAGCAGGUGCAGACCCCGAAGGAGGAGCCGCGGCCCCCGCCGUCCAGCCAGAGCAUCCCCGCCUUCUACUUCCCGCGCGGCCGCCCCCAGGACGCCACCCGCGUGGACGCCGCCAUCACCCGGAUCGAGCACGUCUUCGCGCAGUUCCCGCAGGAGAGGGCCACGGCCGCGGACAUGGGCCAGGUGGCAAAGGCCUGCGGCUGCCCACUCUACUGGAAGGGGCCGCUCUUCUGCGCCGCCGGCGGGGAGCGCACCGGGGCGGUGUCCGUGCACAAGUUCGUGGCCAUGUGGAGGAAGGUGCUGCAGACCUGCCACGACGAGGCGGCGCGCUUCGUACAGCUGCUCAAGCGCCCGGGCAGCGACGGCCUGGUGCAGGAGGACUUCGUGCCCUUCCUGCAGGACGUGGUGAACACGCACCCCGGGCUGUCCUUCCUGAAGGAGGCGUCCGAGUUCCACUCGCGGUACAUCACCACGGUCAUCCAGAGGAUCUUCUACACCGUCAACAGGUCCUGGUCCGGCAGGAUCACGUGCGCAGAGCUGCGGAGGAGCACGUUCUUACAGAACGUGGUGCUGCUGGAGGUGGAGCCGGACAUCAAUCAGCUGCCCGAGUUCUUCUCCUACGAGCACUUCUACGUCAUCUACUGCAAGUUCUGGGAGCUGGACACGGACCACGACCUGUUCAUCGACGCCAAGGACCUGGCCCGGCACAACGACCACGCCGUGUCGUCCCGGAUGAUCGAGCGCAUCUUCUCGGGAGCCGUCACGCGGGGCCGCAGGGUGCCCCGCGAGGGCCGGCUGAGCUACGCGGACUUCGUGUGGUUCCUCAUCUCGGAGGAGGACAAGAAGACGCCCACCAGCAUCGAGUACUGGUUCCGCUGCAUGGACCUGGACGGCGACGGCGUGCUCUCCAUGUUCGAGCUGGAGUUCUUCUACGAGGAGCAGAGCCGCCGGCUGGACGCGCUGGGCAUCGAGCCGCUGCCCUUCCGAGACUGCCUCUGCCAGAUGCUGGACCUGGUCAAGCCGAGCAGCCCAGGCCGGGUGACGCUGCGGGACCUCAAGCACUGCAAGAUGGCGCACGUUUUCUUCGACUUCUUCAACGUGGAGAAGUACCUGGACCACGAGCAGCGCGAGCAGGCGGCCCUGCUGCGGGACGGCGACUCCGACGGCCCCGAGCUGUCCGACUGGGAGCGCUUCGCCGCCGAGGAGUACGACAUCCUGGUGGCCGAGGAGGCCGCGGGCGAGGCCUGGGAGGACGGCUUGGAGGUGGCGCUGAGCCCCGUGGAGCAGAAGCUGCCGUCGCUCCGGGGGCAGAGGCCGGACUGCGGGGCGCCGUCCCUGCUGGGCGACGUGGACCUGUACGAGUUUGCGUGCGGGGACGAGGACCUGGAGCCCCUGUGAGCCGCCCGCCUGUUCUGGCUGUCACCAGCUCCAGCGCCGGCCCCGCAGGAGGAGGGCCCCCGUGUGCCCCCUGGUGUCCCCAGUGCGGGGUGCUGGGCCGCAGGACGCCCCGGUCCCUUGGGCCCGAGAAGGAUGGGCGAGCGCUGGGCCCUGGACGUGGCCGUGGGGCCCCGGCGUGGGCAGUGCUGGCCGCAUGCGUCCUGUGUACUUUGGAAUAAAGACUUGAGGUUUUCA